AUGGGCAACCGGCACCGGCUGCCACAACCCAUGCAUUUCGGCUGCUCGAAUUUUUGGAGCUCAACCUCGUCGUCGCCGUCGCCGUCGUCGCUGCUAUCGUCAGUCGCCUGUGAGUUGGGUGCCCACUCCGUCAAUUGCGCCUCGUGCACCAACCCGACCCCAGCCAAUGCUACCGCGAUAGUUUUUCCCUUUUUCACACCACCAAAUUGCCCCCCGUGGGCAGCACACCACAUCACAAUGUCAGCCCUCCUCCCAGCGAGAACCUGCCUCCGCGCGGCGACAAACACCACUACCACCACCGGCACAUUCACCCUCCCCAUCCGCUCCUUCUCCGUCACUCCCUCCCAACUCUACAACCAAAACAGACCUUCCGGCGGCCCCAUCCCCUCGCCCACCGGCCAAGCUCCCCAUAUCCCCCCCUACCCUCUCGGACCCCGCCUCUACUACAAGCAGUCCAACACCGGCCUCUACGGCCACGCCACCAUCCGCUACGGCAACAACGUCUCCGAGAAGAACGAGAUCAAGACCCGCCGAACAUGGCGCCCCAACGUCCACCGCAAGCGCCUCUUUUCCCUCUCCCUCCGCACCUGGGUCCAGACGAGGCUGACCACCCGGGUCCUCCGGACCAUUGACAAGGUCGGCGGGCUGGAUGAGUACCUCUUGGGGAUCAAGUCCAACAGGAUCAAGGAGCUGGGUCCGUGGGGCUGGAGGUUACGCUGGAGAAUCAUGCAGACCAGGGCUGUCAAGCAGAGGUUCGCCGCCGAGAGGAAACAGUUGGGGUUGGUGGACGGGGUGUUGGAGAAGCAGGUGAGGGAGGAGAACAAGAGGUACAAAAUGGAGCAGAAGCAGAUUCAGUUUUAUACCAAGAAGAAGCUGGGUGUGACGGGGUCGGAAGCGUCGACUGGGCAGCAUGUGCUUCCGGAUGGGAGGGUGGUGGAUGAGGCGGGCAGGGAGGCGUAUAUCAAGGAGACGGAUGCCAUAUUGGCGGACACAGGUAGUGAGCAGAUUCUCGAACUGGGCGAGGUCGAGGUGGCCAAGGAUGAGGGCUUCAUGAAGGAGAAGCCUGCACCGAAGAAGGCCCCUAAGAAGGCGAAGGUGUAG